UGCACCAUGAAAGAAUUACUGCGGAGGAUUCAUCAUAUAUUUCUGAAAGUUGUACUGUUCCCCAGCACGUUCAGAAACAAAGGCGCGCGUCCUGCCGCUUCUGAGGUGUUAACCUGUCACCUGUCUCAGCGCAAACUCCCGCCAUGGACCUCAUUCUGUGUGCGUUACAGCGCAAUAAUCAACGACCAGUUUGGCCUGUCCAAUUUCAACUGGCAGGUGCAAGGAGCUAACUAUCACAUCCUCCGUACUGGAUGCUUCCCUUUCAUCAAAUACCACUGUACCAAAGCCCCUCCACAGAACCUGGACUUUGAGAACAAGUUCUUCAAUGCACUGAAAGUCAUCAAUCUAGGAAUUCCAUGUCUUGCUUAUGGUUUAGGCUCAUGGAUGAUGAUUGGAGCAACAGAGACUGUGCAGACGUCUGCAGGCCCGGUCAAAGUGUAUUUCCUUUACAAAGAAAGAGAGGGAGCCCAGUACUAAUUGUAUUGGAGGACAGCUCUGUGGGAUGGUUGGUUUGUGUCAUAGCUCCUGAGCAGAUGUCCUGAUGUUUUAUUGGGAUGUACUUGAAGCUUGA